AAAGAUUUUGGGAGAACAGAGAGCAGAGCAGAGCAGAGCAGAAGUUGGCCGAUUGAAGUGACGUGAUGUGCAGUGAAGUGAGGUGAGGUGAGGUGAAGAAGUGAAGUGAGGUGAAGAAGUGAAGUGAGGUGAAUUGAAUUGGAGUCACAGGUGUCGAUGACGACGAUCCGGCGCUUUUGUUGUGCAGAUCUUCUGCGCUUCACCAAUGUCAAUCUGGACCAUCUGACAGAGACCUUUAAUAUGCCAUUUUAUCUCACUUACCUGGCGAGAUGGCCUGAUUACUUCCACGUAGCUGAAGGCCCAAACGGUCGCAUUAUGGGAUACAUUAUGGGAAAGGUUGAAGGUCAAGGAGAGUCCUGGCAUGGUCACGUGACCGCAGUAACAGUGGCACCAGAAUACAGAAGGCAACAAUUGGCCAAAAAGCUUAUGAACAUACUUGAAGAAGUUACUGAGAAAACGUAUAAUGCCUUCUUCGUGGACUUGUUCGUGAGAGCAUCAAACGCACCUGCGAUCCAGAUGUAUGAGAAGCUGGGGUAUGUGAUAUACCGACGAGUCCUGCGUUAUUAUUCGGGAGAGGAGGAUGGACUAGAUAUGAGAAAAGCCAUGCCAAGGGAUGUUGACAAGAAGUCUGUAAUUCCGAUGAAGCGGCCGGUGACACCUGAGGAGCUUGAGUACGAUUGAAAACCUCUCAGCUCCAGAAAGGCUCCUAAUCAUCCUGCUUUCGAAGCCCACGUUCAUGAAAGCUGAAGAUUUUCUUGCUCAUGUGAUUGGAGGACAUUGAAAGCUAAGCUACGAACUUUAGUGUUCGUUUUACACAAUGGAUUACACCAAACGAAAGGGAAAUCAAGGAAUUUACUCUUGCCAUUUAGAGUAAUGCCAGUGGGUUACGUGAGACACUCCAACUCCUAGAAUCAUCCUGGUGUGUGAGAGUGUUUGUGCUGUCCACAUGACUAGUUCAAUCCUUUUGCUGGAGUAGUGACAGUUGAAGUUCAAGUGACCUUCAGAAGGGAAGGGACACGAACUAUUGUACAACAUAAUGUCUUCUCACACGAAUCAAGAAAUUGUGAAGCAAGAGGGCACUUUUGGUGCGCAGUCAUGAAUUUCUGAAGUCGCACAUGUGGUUGUAUGCGUCUCAGAAAGUUUCGA